GGUGCUCCCUUGUUGUUUGUCAGUGGAGAGCGGGGAGUGGGGCCAACCAGCAGAAACAGUGGGCUGCACAACAUCACCUUCAGAUAUGACAAUUGUACUACCUACUUGAAUCUGGUGGGGAAGCACGUGAUUGCCGAUGCCCAAAACAUCACCAUCAGCCAGUAUGCUUGCCAUGACCAAGUGGCAGUCACCAUUCUUUGGUCCCCAGGGGCCCUUGGCAUCGAAUUCCUAAAAGGAUUUCGGGUAAUACUGGAGGAGCUGAAGUCGGAGGGAAGACAGUGCCAACAACUGAUUCUAAAGGACCCAAAGCAGCUCAACAGUAGCUUCAAAAGAACUGGAAUGGAAUCUCAACCUUUCUUGAAUAUGAAAUUUGAAACGGAUUACUUUGUAAAGGUUGUCCCUUUUCCUUCCAUUAAAAAUGAAAGCAAUUAUCACCCUUUCUUCUUCAGAACCCGUGCCUGUGACCUGUUGUUACAGUCGGACAACUUGGCUUGUAAACCCUUCUGGAAGCCUCGGAACCUGAACAUCACCCAGCACGGAUCAGACAUGCAGGUGUCCUUUGACCAUGCACCACACAACUUUGGCUUCCGUUUCUUCUAUCUUCAUUACAAGCUCAAGCAUGAAGGACCUUUCAAGCGAAAGACCUGUAAGCAGGAGCAAAAUACAGAGACAACCAGCUGCCUUCUUCAAAAUGUUUCUCCGGGGGAUUAUAUAAUUGAGUUGGUAGAUGACACCAAUACAACAAGAAAAGUGAUGCAUUAUGCCUUAAAGCCAGUGCAUUCGCCGUGGGCUGGGCCCAUCAGAGCCAUGGCCAUCACCGUGCCGCUGGUUGUCAUAUCGGCAUUUGCAACACUCUUCACUGUAAUGUGCCGCAAGAAGCAACAAGAAAAUAUAUAUUCACAUUUAGAUGAAGAGAGCUCUGAGUCCUCCACAUACACUGCAGUACUACCCCGGGAGAGGCUCCGGCCGCGGCCGAAGGUCUUUCUCUGCUAUUCCAGUAAAGAUGGCCAGAAUCACAUGAAUGUUGUCCAGUGUUUCGCCUACUUCCUCCAGGACUUCUGUGGCUGCGAGGUGGCUCUGGACCUGUGGGAAGACUUCAGCCUCUGUAGAGAAGGACAGAGAGAAUGGGUCAUCCAGAAGAUCCACGAGUCCCAGUUCAUCAUUGUGGUUUGUUCCAAAGGAAUGAAGUACUUUGUGGACAAAAAGAACUAUAAACACAAAGGAGGCGGCCGAGGCUCAGGGAAAGGGGAACUCUUCCUGGUGGCCGUGUCGGCCAUCGCUGAAAAGCUCCGCCAGGCCAAGCAGAGUUCAUCGGCGGCACUCAGCAAGUUCAUCGCCGUCUACUUUGAUUAUUCCUGUGAGGGAGAUGUCCCAGGCGUCCUGGACUUAAGCACCAAGUACAAACUCAUGGACAACCUUCCCCAGCUCUGCUCCCACCUACACUCUCGAGACCCGAGCCACCAGGAACCGGGGCAGCAUCCUGGUCACGGCAGCAGAAGAAACUACUUCCGGAGCAAGUCAGGCCGCUCCCUGUACGUCGCCAUUUGCAACAUGCACCAGUUCAUCGACGAGGAGCCAGACUGGUUCGAAAAGCAGUUCAUUCCCUUCCAUCCUCCCACGUUGCGCUACCGGGAGCCGGUCCUAGAGAAGUUUGACUCGGGCUUGGUUUUAAACGACGUCAUGUGCAAACCAGGGCCCGAGAGCGAUUUCUGCCUAAAGGCCGAGGCAGCUGUUCUUGGGGCGACUGGGCCGGCCGACUCACACCCGGAGAGUGCACAUGUGGGUCUGGACGAAGACGUGGAGGUCCAGCCGGCUCCUGACGGCAGCGCCGUCCUGCAGCCCUUGCUGCACACGGUGAAGGGCGGCAGCCCCUCGGACAUGCCACGUGACUCGGGCAUCUAUGACUCGUCUGUGCCCUCGUCCGAGCUGUCUCUGCCGCUGAUGGAAGGACUCUCCACGGACCACACAGAAACGUCUUCCCUGACGGAGAGCGUGUCCUCCUCUUCAGGCCUGGGUGAGGAGGAGCCUCCUGCCCUUCCUUCCAAGCUCCUUGCCUCUGGGGUGUGCAAAGCAGACCUUGGUUGCCACAGCUACACUGAUGAACUCCAUGCAGUUGCCCCUUUGUAAUGAAACGAAAGAGUCUAAGCAUUGCCACUUUAGCUGCUGCCUCUCUCUGAUUCCCCAGCUCACCUCUGGUUGUGUGGCCCACUUGGAGCUGAGGUUUCAUACAAAGAUAUUUGGAGGGAAAUUCUGGCCAGUGCUUGCUCCCCCUUACCCCAGCCCUCAACCAGAUAUCUUGGCAAAGUGUCCAGUUUUCUAAAACCGUGUGGAGCUCUG